AUGCUCGGAGCGUUUCUGUUUUGCUUUUUCGGGACAUCCGCUGCAUUACCGAUCGGAUAUCAUACGUCCGCUCGACCUGACCUGUCUGCAAAUGCUUCGCAGUCGUCUGGAAGCUUGAGCUUUCCAGACACGAUCUGGCUUGGUGGAAUUGUCCCAUAUAAAAUAGACAAACAAUUCGAGGAAUUCGUUCGAGAGGCACUUUUCGGAAAUAAAAGUUUCAAAGAACUGAUGUCAAAGACUGAAGACGAUUUAGAUGCUGAACUUAAGAUGAUUUUAAGGAAGGGAGGGUUUUCCGAUGGUGAUUACCGUCGAUCUCCCAUCCAUCGCACUCAACCGUACGGUAAGUCAACGCUGCGAGGCAAUCGCUUCGAUGACAGCGAAAUUCCUGUUCGUCCGAUUGAGUACCGUAAGCAGGUGAUGCACCACGGCAUCCAUUCACCAGUUCAUUCGAAUCAAUACGAUGAAUCGAUGAGGCGUUUUGACGGUACGUCCACAGAUAGUAACAGUAUUUCCGAAGGAUUGAAGUCCUCAUUCGAUUUGGAUAUGGCACCAUCGUUGAACACAAUUAUUGGACAAAACAGCUUUUCGAUCGAUGGUUUAGAUCGAAAUGAUUCCAUUAACGAUCGGCUAUCUCUACUUGAGAAACAGGCUGAGAAUUUCAUAUCAACGAACAAACUUAGCACGUGCGAUUUAUUGCUGCAUGCAGUACUCUUCAAAAGAUGA